AGCAACUGAUGGAAUAAGACGUGUGGCUUGGAGCUCCCGCGGAGUAGGCUUAAUUCCAUAAUUAAAACAACACUCAACCUGAAAACUAUAUUCAAAACCCUACAAAGAGUCAAGCAGAGCAUUGAAGGAGGCCCCAAAGUGAGUACAAGUUAAGUAGAUGGUGUCAAAUCUCAGAAAAUAUAAAUACGAAGGCACGUCUACCACAAGGCCCAGCACCUCCUCGGGUAAGAGUUCAGGUAGCCCCACCUCGGCCGCGCCCGAACCCAGCCACACACCGAUAAUGGACAUUACGUCUAUUAAAGCUGAUAUCCUCUCAUCGCUGAGAAAAGAUAUAUCUGUGGUAAUAAGAGAGGAAUUGAGGACCGUUUUGGCAGAGGACUUUGAAUCAAUUAAGAGAGAACUUAUUGCAGUAAGAUCUGAAAUCGCUAAUAAUACUACGGCUAUUCAUGCCGAGCUGGACCACAUGAAGUCCAAUGUCGGAGCGGUGGAGAAGGGCUUAUCAACAUGGACGGACGAGGUGGUAUCAACACAACGCACGGUAAAGGACCUGGAGAAGUUGGUGGGUGAACUAAGAGAUAAGUGUGAGGACUUGGAGGGGAGAAUGAGGAGAGGCAAUAUUCGAAUCAUGGGGGUCGCAGAGCGUCCGGGAUCCAGCUCGCCCGCAGCAGUUUCAAAACUCCUCAAAGAAGUUUUUCAGAUGGAUAAAGAGGGGAUUGUCGAGCGCUCCCACCGCAGCUUGGUGCAGAGAGGAGCGGGGGACAAGCCCCGCGUAAUCAUCGCAAGGCUGCACAACGAGGGCGACGCCUUGGCCAUUCUGAGGAAAGCCCGGGAUCGAGGUGGCAGGCUACAGUUCGAUGGGAACACGAUCUCUGUGUUUCCAGACUACACGGUUAAUGUCGCCAAAGCCAGGGCUGCAUUCACGGAUGUCAGGAAGAUGCUGCGGGGGAGACCGGGAGUCCGCUUUGGAAUAUUAUACCCAGCUAGAUUUCGCAUCUCGUACAACAAUGAGGAGAAGGAGUUUCUGGAUGCUACCGAAGCUAUGGACUAUGUGAAGAAAAAAGUCAUCCCAGCAGCGGAGCCGGAGAACUGACUGUGCCCUCAUUUAAUAUGGGAGGCGCACAGCGCCCAGAAUCUCAGUGAGCAGUGGUCCUGCUAAGCAUAUUGGAGGUGAUUUGCUUUUUAAGCUUAAACCCUACUUAUUCACUAUACUCCUGCUACAAUUGGUUUGUAUAUAUAAAAAAUAUAUAAAUAAUAAUAAUUAAAAGAAAAGACA